AUGGAGAAAAGGCCGUUGUAUUUGGGCCGAGGCCGUGGCAGAGGGCAAACUUCUUUAAAGUCUCAAAAUGGCGCCAAUGCGUGGCAUCAAAAACAUGGUGCCAAACCGGGACAGUCGUCAUCUACGAGAAAAGAGGUGAAGCCACGUGUAGCAGCCAAAACAGAGCCGUCCAAACAGAGACUUGACAAGGUGCACAUGAUUAAAGAGUCGGCUCGCAAGUUUUUGGAUGAAGAAUUUGAAGAUUCAUCUGAAGAUGAAGAAAUCAAUGACGAAUCAGUCAUGAGUAGUACACUACAAAAAUACUUAGACACGUCAGCUACAGAAGACCCUGCUGACACUCUCAAACGCACUACUCAGUACCUGAUGGACUCAUGUCGCCCUGGCUCAAAUGUUUGCUUGAUUUGUAUAGCUUCUAUCAAACAUGUUGAUGCGGUAUGGAGCUGCGGUCAGUGUUACUGCAUUUUUCACCUGCAGUGCAUCCAAAAGUGGUCCAGGGAUGGUGCAGUGCAGAACUCCACUUUGUCACAGGAGAAUUUUCCUGCUGUAGAGGCUACAUGGUGCUGCCCAAAGUGCAGGUAUGAGUUCAAGCAAUCUGACUGUCCAACCAGAUACCACUGCUUUUGUGGCAAAGAGGAGAAUCCAGCAUUUGACCCAUGGAUUGUACCUCACUCUUGUGGUCAGACAUGCAGCCGACCCCUUAAACCAGACUGCGGCCAUGAAUGCCUACUGUUGUGCCAUCCAGGACCAUGCCCUCCUUGUCCAAAGACUGUAAGGACUCGCUGUCACUGCGGAACCCAAGCCCCAUCAGUAAGGCGAUGUGGAGCAAAGGACUGGUCAUGCAGUCGGCCAUGUGGAAAACUCCUGUCAUGUGGUCAUCACAGCUGCCAGACCCCCUGUCAUGCUGGUGACUGCCCUCCUUGCCCAAAGGAGAGUGUUCAAAGCUGUCUCUGUGGAAAACAGGAGUCCAAAAGGCCUUGUGCAAGUCCGGAUUGGCAGUGCCAGAAGAUAUGUGGCCGAACACUUUCCUGUGGAUUUCACAUAUGUGAGAAAGUAUGCCACUCUGGCCUUUGUGGUGAUUGUCCAAGGAGUGGAGAGAGGUCUUGCCCAUGUGGGAAAACAAAAAUAAGCCUUCCCUGUACUGAGGACAUUCCUACCUGUGGGGACACAUGUGAACAGGAGCUCUCUUGUGGUCGUCACAAAUGUACUCAGAGGUGCCACCAAGGGCCUUGUGGACCUUGUCGGCAGUUUGUGACUAAGCAGUGUCGCUGCGGCAAGCGUGAGAAAAAUGUGCAGUGCAGCAUGGAGUUUACCUGUGAGGCUAAGUGCACCAACAUGAGGCAGUGUAGCAGGCAUCAGUGCAAGAGAAAGUGCUGUGAUGGAAAAUGCCCACCUUGUGAACAAACAUGUGGUAGAACUUUGAACUGCAAGAACCACAAGUGCCCUUCACAGUGCCACAGAGGUCCAUGUUACCCCUGUCCUUUGACUGUGGACAUGAAAUGCUUCUGCGGUUCGACUGUGGUUACUUUGCAGUGUGGACGAGAGAAGAUCUCAAAGCCUCCGAAGUGCAAUGAGCUGUGCAAGCACCCAUCUAAUUGUCAUCACCCCAGCCGAGAGCCUCAUCGAUGCCAUUAUGGCGACUGCCCGACAUGCAGACAGAUCUGUAAAAGACAUCUCCCAGACUGCAACCACACUUGUCCGCAGCGUUGCCAUGACAACGUACCUGCUCAAACAAAAUCACCAAUUGCCGCCGCUAAAGAUACGCAGCAAAACCCGGAAGUGGUUGCGUUGCCCUGCCCGCCUUGCCGUGAGCCUGUCAAAUGGAGCUGCUAUGGAGAGCACGAGGACCGUUUAUUUCCUUGUUCCGAAGCCUGUCGGUAUUCCUGUGGAAGGCCGUGUGGGCGCGCGUUGCCUUGUGGGAACCAUACGUGCCAGCUUGAAUGUCACUACGUUACUAAAGAAACAAGCAAAACUGAGGCUGGGCCAGAAUGCCAGGCGUGUGAGGAACCAUGCAACAAGCCACGCCCCUCUGGCUGCACCCACUCAUGUCCGCGGCCCUGCCAUCAAGGUGAAUGCCAUCAAUGCAAGUUAAUGCUGAAGAGGCAAUGUCACUGUUGCCUGAUGGCUGUCUACAUCCGUUGCAGCGAUUGGACUUCAUCAGAAGGCGUGGCGCGCGAACAGCUUCAGUCGUGUAAGAAUCAAUGUCCGAAGACAUUAUCUUGUGGCCACCGCUGCGGCGUUGAGUGCCACCCUGGAGCGUGUCCUGACACGCUCGUGUGCAGUAAGAAGACCGCAGUGCGAUGCCCUUGUCGCAGGAAGAAGAUGCAAUUCCCUUGCUACCGUGUGCAGUCCAACGACGUGAAGGUUGAAUGUGAUGACGAGUGUAAAGCAGCCAAGCGUCGCCAGGAAGAGGAGAAUGCCGCAGCCCAUAGGAGGACAAGGGAGGAGCAAGAGCGUGCGCAGAAGGCGGAAAUUGCUCUGUACGAGCGUCUGCGCGGAGGGAAGAAAAGACGUCAAAGGAAACAAGAAGAGUUCGUGGAGGAGCCGAUGUGGAUAUCUGCUCACAAGAAUGAAUUAAUACUAAGCGCAGUCGCUAUGGCAAUAGUUGCUGGACUCUUUUAUAUAGCCAUGAGUUAACAAUAGGUUAUCGGCUUGGCAGUGCCAAACCCUGUACUCGACGAGUCGCUAGUUGCUAGAUUGUUCUAUAUAGCCAUGAGUUAACAAUAUGUUAUCGGCUUAGCUGUGCCACACCCUAUACUCGGAGGUGACAAUAUAUCCUGAGCUUGAAGGUAGUCUAUACCGGAUCAAAUCUGUCAAAUCUGCAAAUCUAUUUAUUGGUGAUUUAAAAUAAUUAUUAACUAUC